ACCAAACCCAAACCAUGCCCAUGCGACGACAUCACAUGUUCUACUACGAAGACGGAACCCAUGUCUUCCAGGUGAGUUACCUAGCAUCGUAGUAACAUCUAUCAGGCUGUUUACAAUACAUCCAGGCUCAAAGUUCACUAUUCAAAGUCCAUAAGAGUGUUCUCUCCGACAAAUCCAUCGCCUUUAAGUCUAUGUUUGCUGCACAAGACAGUACCGGACUUCCCCAAACUGAUGGACACAGCGACGAAAAACCAAUUAUUGUGCCUGAUCAAGUCUCCGACCUAGGAUUUGAACUGUUUCUGUCCGUGUGCUACAACAAAUGGCGCCCAGAUACUUCACAGGCAUCCGAGACCACCCUUCUUCAGCUCCUUGAGCUUAGUCGCAUGUAUGAGUCCAAGGACGUCCGUGAACACGCCAUCAAGCAACUCGCCUCUCGCCGCUAUACCAUCAAACCUAUCACACUGAUCUCCAUUGCCCUAAAAUAUCAUAUCAAGGACAUCUUCUGUUACGCAUUCAGACGGCUCAUCCCAAAGCCUAUAAACGAACUCAACCACGCCGAUUAUGAGCUUCUUACUGUCCCUGUAUGGAUGACGCUCCUCAGAGUCAAGGAGCGACUCGAACUCCACCGCCGUAUUGUGGCAUGUGAGCCACCACCUAUGGUGCAUUCGCCGUGUUGCCAGGACCACAAGAGGUGUGUUGACGACUGGCGCCAAGUAUGGUGGAAUGGCAUGGGCCGGUACUUGCUUGAUGGUCGUAGUCCUCAGCCAUACAACUCUGCGGUCAAGCAAUUUGAAGGUCUUAGCUAUGGGAGUGUCGACCCCGAGUGUUGGAGAGUGAUGCUCGCUCUUGUCAAGGAGGGGAAGGCAUUUCAGCACGAAGAUGAUCUCAUUUACCGCACAGCUCGGGGACUGGCAGAGUACUUGAUCCACGAACCCUUCUUCGGCGAUGAUAUAGACAUGUGAUCCUACAGUUGUACAUCUAGUGUCGUGGCCAUCCACCCAAAAAAUCACAGGCCAUAUAUAUUUAAAGUAUUAAUGACUGCAAAAGUUGCGGGUCACUGUCUUUAAGUUGCGCAGUGCUGUAAAAGUUGCGCAAUCGCCUGUUUUAUUUUGUUUGUUAAUGUUACAGAUGCAGCGUCAUA